GAGACUUUAGUAUAACUUAAGACGUUUACGGAGUAUCACUCCGAGUACUCUCCGGAUACUUUCAAUUAUUAUAUUCGCCGCUGACUUCUUCAUUUACAGGAAGACGAUGCAGCUAAAAACACUGCUUGUAUCUCUGCUAGUGUUAUCCCUUAUUGUAGGUGAUGUCAAUGCCGGAUGGAAGUUCUGGAAAAAAAAGAAGGACAAGGAUGAAACAACGGAAGCACCUACAGGAAUUUCGACUUCGGCGCCUGGCAAGACCACAACAGCAGCGGCAGGAGGCACGACGUCAACGACACCGAAAUCGACGGCAGCUACGACAGCAAAAUCGACAAACAAGGCUGUGGCAGGAGCGGCGGAUCCUGGUUUAGCUAUUGGAGUUGGUAGUACCGGAAGUAAUAUAAGAAACAAUGCUCAACCUCAGAGGCCCAAUCCUGGCACCGACGUUGGCCUGGAUAUUCCAGGCCCCAGACCCAAUCGACCAGGUUUGGGUAACGACAAUGGCCAAGGGUACAGAAAUUGGGCUGCUGAUUUGACUGGUGCUGGAGAGAGAAACCCACCACCCAAAUUGCCAAGUCAGGGUCCAGCAUUGACUCCUGGUGGACAGCAUCCAGCGCAAGGAAGUCGAACUCAACCACAGCCAGCAUCUCCAGGCAGUAGACCAGGGACACCUACAAGCGUUACACCUGUACAGCCGAAUAAUGGAGGAAGAACACCACCAAGCUUAGGACCACGACCUGGCUCUCAGAGCCCUAGUCCUACUCAACAAGGAGGUCCCAUAGCACAGACUCCAAAACCAGCAACUUCGUCUACUCCAGGAAAACCAUUAGUGUCAACGUUAAACAUCGGCAGUUUAAAUCCUGACAGCAGACCCAAAUCCCCAACUUCUCAUACUGGUCAAUCUCAACCGGGAUCACCUACUUCUACUACGAGAGGUCCCGGGCAAAAUAGACCAGGGUCUCCUACCUCUUCUGCAGGAAGUGCCUCACCUACCGGUGGUAAAUCUUGGGCGGAUAUUGCAGCCACUGGAACUGGAAGUAACUCUCCUACACCUGCGCCAAGACCAAAUUUAACUCCGGGUGGCUCGGUAACUUCAAAUGGACAAACUGGACAAACCGGACAGACAGGACCUGCUGGAUCAAGGAGUCCAAUGGGUUCCCCAGGACAAACCAGUCCAGGUCAAUCUCGCCCUAGUCAAGUUCCGGUGCAACCUUAUGGUCAACCGGGACAUCAAGGAUCGCAACAGACAGGUGGAGGAGGCACAUCAACUGGAACCACGACAAGGAAAGUUUACUCAAGUAAUCCAACGUAUAGCAAAGGAAAUACUAUCACGGAUGAAGACCUAGAGAAACUAUCUGAAGCUCUUUUCAUCAAGGACGUGAACAAUGCCAAUAGAUACAUCACAGUAAAUUUGCAAAAGAAAACAACAGGAAGUAGUCCAAUUGAUGAAGCACCACAACCGCUUCUGAAUGUUAGACCAGAAGCUUUACAAAUUCCAACAAUUCAACAUGUACUAGCAAUUUAUGAUAAUUAUAAAUUGGACACACGCACAAAUGAAUAUAUCAGUCCAGCUCAAAGACAAGAAGAAAGUCUCCUAGUGGAUACAUUUUUGAGUACUAAUGUAAUGUCAGCUGCCAUGCGCUUCUUGGCUGACAAGGGUUACAUUCGUAAGGAUUAUUAUGAGUACAAGGAUACUCUUCGCAGACUUUGGUUCAACCUCUUUUCGAGAGGUGAUGGAAAAAUAGGAAGUACUGGCUUUGAGCACGUAUUCCUGACAGAACUGAAACUUGGAACUGAAGUCAUAGGUCUCCAUAAUUGGAUCUACUUCAAUGCAGAAGAAGUUAGCAAAAGAGCUGAUUAUUUGGGUUAUAUUAAAAAAGUUGAUUUAGGAGACAAAGCUUCAAUUAUCAAGCUGCAUACCAAAUUCAAUGGAAUCGAUAAGCCAGUCACUACAAUGUUUAUUGGCACUUCACCUGAACUGGAAAUGGCUCUAUAUACUGUAUGCUUCUUCGCAAGACCAGACAAACCAUGUCCAGUUUCUUUGGGUGGCACAAAAUUCAACAUCAUGACAUACAAGUUCCGAUACAGGGGAAAGGAUCUUAUUGGAUCAGCUUAUCCUGACAUAUAAAACAUUUCAUUGACUUUGUGAUAUUCAUUUUAGAAACUACAUAAUGAAUUUUUAAAUUAAACCAAUUCAAAAAGGUAUAAAGUUGUUAAUACUCUUGUAUAUAGUCAAAACUUCUGACUACUGAAUGGAAUAAAAUAGAAGUGGAGUUCAUAAUAAUUAGUAGAUUGAAAAAUUAGAUCUGCCAAGAGUUGAGUGUUUCAAUAGGGUACAUAAAAUGAAAAAUUAUACAUUCAGCACUUUUUGAGAUAUGAAUAUCUAUCUUAUAUUUCAAAAUGAAACUAUACACUAAUUUUGUAUUGUAAAAAAUUAGGCUGUAGAGUUUAUGUAUGGAUGAUAACAAAGCAUGUUUUUAAAAGCAAUAAUGAGGACAAUUCCCUUUUCACAAGACAGUCCAUUCUAUACAAACUCUUACUAUUACUUCCGUUUCUAUUAAUCAUAAUAAAUAAAUUUAAUAACAACCAA